AUGAGGCAUCUUGUUGCAAAUUUUGGAAAAAAAUUCAAGGGCAAGGUCUAUGAUGAUAAUCUUUGGCCAGCAAGCUUGACUUACAGUUCUAGGAAGCACAAUUGGCAUAUGAAGCAGAUCCUUGCUAAGAAGAGUGUUCAAAAAUAUAUGGGUGAACACCACACAAAGAUAUGUUAUAGAAGCAAGUUCAAUGAAAUCUGCAAGGUUGACUACGUCAAUAACAACCGCGCAGAGUCAUUUAAUAGCAAAGUCAGGAAAAUUAAGGCUCUUCUUAUUGUUGACAUGUUGGACAAGAUUAGGCAGAUGAUAAUGCAGAAGUUUGAUUUGCGGAUGAAGAUAGCAUUAGAAAAAUGGCUUGGCCAUCUUAUAAUACCAAGUGUGAUAAAGGCACUACAUGCCAAAUCCAAAGGACUGAAGAUGAAGGUAGUUAGACGCAGUGAUGUUGAGGCAGAAAUUACUGCAGUCGACAAAGAAAAUAGGGAGUGGAGGUACCCUGUUGACAUAGCCAAGGAAACAUGUAGCUGCAGGCAAUGGCAAGUCAAGGGUUUGCCAUGUAUCCAUGCUCUAUAUUUCAUUACUUCACUAAGAGGUCCGGUAUCAGAAAUUGAACCUUAUGUACAUGAGUUCUACUCCAUUGCAAAAUUCAAGGCUGCGUAUGCAGACAACAUACCUACAAUGGUAGGCAAGCAACAAUGGGACAUUGUUAACCCUGGCUUCAAACUACAAGCUCCAGUGUUGAGGAGGCCAAAAGGACGACAGCGGAAGACUAGAAUCAGAUCUAGUACUGAAGGUGCUGGCCUUGGCCCUAGGAAAAGGAAGUGCAAGCGUUGCGGAGGCUUCGGCCACAUAGCGAGAAUUUGCAAAAAUCCAGUUGACCCAGCAUUUGGAGAAGAUGAGGCUGACCUACAUGCUGGAGAUGCCCCUUUUGUGGCCGGAGAAGGCGACCCUGAGCCAUCCGUGGUUGCAAGUUCUGCGGGGUAACUCCAAAACCUGUGCUUUCUAUAUUUCAACAUCCAUGGCUACAUUGCUACAUUCAUGCAUUUUCAACAUUCUGUCCUAUAAUCUGAGUCGUCAAAGACUAAUUUUACUUCCCACUUCCUAAAGAAUUUGAUUACAUGU